CUUCUACCGCCCAGUUGCUGGCACCUGAGAGCAGCCGGUACUGCGGCGCAAUAUGACGUGCUCGCGGUUAUGGCCAUCAACGUUCAGCGCGUCCUGAACCUAACUGUCUUCACCUUCUUCUCCUUGGUUCUGUUCCUCUCCAUCAUCCUGACUCCCGCCGAUGCGAUCUACCAGUGCUACAUCACGCAGCGCCUCACGAACAUCUUCAUCAUCACCGGCGGCUACGUUGUCACCUUCAUUCUCGCGGUCCUAAUCUACACCACGCGUAUAUAUACGAACCGAACUGUCCUCUCCGGCAUCCCCAAAGCAUGGAUCCCCGUCGAGCGCGAAGACGUCGGCAAGAGUGUGCGCCGACUGGUUAAGGAGGGCCUGGCGCAUAGUGCAAUCAUAGCCUACCAGGCUCGACCCAGGGACAUUGCAGCCGACGGACAUGAUUUCACAGGCUACGAAUCGCUCUUGGUGGACUACGACAAUCCACCCUGGGGUCAAGUCGAGCACCCCGGAUGGUCCUCGCCCUCAUGUCCCGACCUGCCCGACCUUCCCUAUCGGACUGUAGUCCAGGAACUGCCUCACCUCAUCGAAGCCAAGGCAGUGUCGCUCGCUCCUCCCGACCCGAUCUUCACGGCCACCCAGCGGGCGCUUCACGCGCCAUUUCCCGAGACCGAAGAGUCGAUUCCUGACACGCGGGUGGUGGAAGUAUUACGGCGGCCGAUAUCGAUGGGUCUGCGGGGGUAUUUGCAGCAUUUGACUGCGCUGAAUGUGGUUGAUCCGCCGGAGAUUGGGAUGGAAUUUGUCGCUCUGUAUGAGCGGGCGCGCUUUUCAACGCGUGAGCUACACGAGGCUGAAUUCAGGACACUGAUGCAUGUGUUUGCGGAGCUCCUGAGGGGGAUGAAGGUUUUGGAUCCCCAGAUCUUGGAUGAGGUGCGGGGUGGUGGGAGUUCCCAGGCUGAGAGCGAGUCUCUUAUCGGGCCUUCGGACGAGGAAGGUGAAACCGAUACGGUGGACUCCUAUGGCGAUAGUGAAGCCAUGUCGCGGGGCCGGAGUAAUAGCCUGCGGCCUUCGAAUGCGUCCACUUGGGACGGCGCUAGACAAGGUCGCUGGUCGCCUGUUUGGUCGAGACGCUCGGAGGCGCAGCGAACCCUGGCGCCUCCUCGGACGCCAUCGAUGCGGUCGCUUCGACGAGUGCAAUCGAAUGUAUCUGGUAGCUCUGGAGGGAGCGUGAUUCGCCUGGUCGAGACCCGGAGUCCGACGGAUUUGCCAUACGCUUAUAAUGUUGGCAGCAGCAGCCGCGUCGACGACAGUCCCAAACCCCAGGAGGAGAAUGAUGAUGAUGCUACGCCAUCGGUCGAUACCCUCUUCCCCAAGACCGACCCCGCCGUGGACGGCGAGGAAUGUCUGCAUGACUGUGCGUCCUGCACGGUGAAAUACCCCGCUAAAUUCGAUGUCGAUCAGGAAGAUACCAUGUACGGGAAUAUUAAUGGCUGGUCGACGCAUGUGCUGGUUGCGACUGGGAAGACGGAUUGGGUGAGGGAUGUUGCGGAUGAAGAGGGGAGUGUGAUGGAGGCGAUUGAGAAGGGGGGGUUGGUGCCUAGUAAUGGGAAACUGAAAUUGUCCGCCUCCAAUAUGCCCGUCCCGGAUGAAUAUCAUUAUCAUGAUGCGGGGAAACAGCCUACGACUGUGUUGCUUCUGCCCAGGUUUACUAUCGUCGAUCAUGUCACGCCGCAGCUGGCCCCGGAUUUGAUCAAGUAUUUUGUGAAUCGCUCGCCGACGACUACGACCCCGUUGGUUGGUGGAAACAACAACAACAAUGAUGAGAGUGAACAACAACAGCAGCAGCAGCCCUCGACUGAAGAACAACAACAACAACAAGAAGAAGAAGAAGAGAACAUCACCGACAUCCAAUCCCUCACCUCCCUCCGCUCCCGUCCCUCCCCUCACUCCGCCGUCAUCCUGCUCUGCUCCCACCGCACCCGCGACGCCCGCUGCGGACAGUCCGCUCCGCUUCUUCGCAAGGAAUUCGAGCGCCAUUUGCGCCAUCUAGGCCUGUAUCGGGACAUGGAUGAUGAGAGGCCUGGGGGUGUGGGAAUCUACUUUAUCAACCAUGUGGGUGGACAUAAGUAUGCGGCGAACGUGAUCAUCUAUCGGAGACGGGACUUUGAGUGGUAUAAGAAGACGGAGGGGACUGAGGAGGAAGAGGGUGCGGCGCAGGGUAUCUGGCUUGCGAGGGUAAGACCCCAGGAUUGUGAGAAUAUUGUGCGGUAUACGGUGUUGCAAGGGAAGGUGGUUAAGCCGGGAGAGCAGCUGAGGGGUGGGUUUGAUAGGGAGAGAGGGGUUACGAGUUGGUAAACGACUCUUUAUUUGGGGUAUAUUAUUGGUAUAUAAGAAUAUAUGGAGAGAGGGAGGGUUAGGUUUGUAUAGGAUUAUCAUAGAAAGGGUAUGGACAUGGGUAUAUACAAGGAACCAUUCAAUGAACUGGGAACAAAAC